GGGGAUUUUGAAAAGCUUUCACACGGUGCUUGUUUAUGCAGACUUUGUUCAGUAACUUGAACGUUUUCGUCCCGGUUGAACGUUUUAAACUGUGAUUUAUUGAAUAAUCUUUUCACAGUUAAGCGUCCUUAUUAAAGGUGAAUUGGUGUAAUGCAGCGUCUGUUAGCAGUGUGUGAGCCACUGGGGACUCUCAUGCCUGGCCCCCGUCCGCUGGAAGGGAAGUCCUUUUACCUGGAUGAGUUGAAGAGUAACUCGACCAGCGUCCUCACCAAACUCAUCAUUCGCCUUGGAGGGAAAGUGGAGAGUUUUCUCUAUAAGGAUGUGAAUGUCGUCAUCACGGGAAACAGGGACACCCUGAGUACCAUCACAGCCUCAUCAGGAAAGGUCAAAGGUCACAAUUCUCCUCAUGAGCAGAGACAGAGCAGGAAUGAUGUGGCCCAGCGCCCGGGAACCCCGUUGAGAGCACCGGUGUGCGGCAGCCGAGGAAAAGCCUUGUUGGAGAAAGCCAUCCGCAAUAACGAGCAGUCUCGGGGUGGUGUGUUGUCCAGCGCUGCCCGUUACUGGGGAGUGAAAAUCGUCUCUGUAGAACAGUUUAUGAAGGUUGUAGAGGAUCUGAGUUCACAACGCUCCACUCACACACACCGUAAGAGAGAGGAGAAGAAUUCAAGUUUGUGUGUCAUCAAAGCUGGCAGUCUUAAGGUGGACUUUGUGAAGGUGGAGGACUCAAGCAGGAAGUACAGGCCGUUGCAUGGCCAGUCUUUGGAUUUCCCCAUGCUGAGCUACACCAGAAGAUUCAGUCCUUUUGAGAAUCCUGCUCCAGUUCAGCUUUUAAAGACGAGAGAAGACGGGUUGAGCAAGGAUAAAUUUGGAAAAAAUGAAGAGCCCAUCAGUAGCCAGGAUAAACUAUCAGCAGCUCCUUCCCCAAAAACGUCUCACAAAAAGAAGAACCUGGGUUACUGCGAGUGCUGCCAGAGAAAGUACAGCGAUCAGGAUGAGCACUUGCAGUCAGAUGUUCAUCUGCGCUUUGUGGAGGACUUUAAUAAUUAUGCUGUGGUGGACCAACUGAUGACUGCCAUGGCUGACGUUUUUUCAGGAUGUAAAGACCCGCAGGUUGAUGCACUAAUGAUGAGGUUGUCAAGUGGCUCUGUAGCUCCGCCUUCUGAAAUAGAGCUGCAGUGUAAAAGUGAAAUGGAAACCUGUCUGACAAAUCAAGAGGUAGGACCUGCGAGCCUAGUCCAACAGGAACGUAUCUGCGACUCCUUAGUUCAACCUCAGGAGCCCUGUGCAGAUGCUCCUCCUUUCACUUCCUUGGAAACCAAGUUUGUGGACAAAAACCGAGACUCAUCAAACUCUGAAACCAACAUUCCCAGUCCUCGCCAACAGCAUGAUUUUAUUUUAGACAAUAAACCCGUAGAGCUCACGCCACCUUCUCAAAGAGUGGUAGCAGAUAGUCAUAAACCAAGUACUCUACAGGAGCCUGCAGAAAUCUCUCUGAGACAUUUACCUAGCCUAGAAACAUUGCUGAAUGAUGACAAAGAUUCAGCAACUUGUUUAAAAAGUCCCAAAAAGCAUCUGGAAGAUACUGUGAAUGAUUUACCUUCAUGUUCAUGGUUAAUGGAAAGGGAACAGACACCCAUGGUAGAAACCACCACUUGUUCCCCAUCUUUUCAUUCCCUGCCCCAAUCAUUGUCCACAAGGAUUUCAGAUGGUGAGAACCCCAGGAAGCGCAGCAGAUCCUUCACCCUCAGCCCAAAGGCCUCAAAGGUGAGGCGGACUUCCCUUCGGUCUGAGCCAACCAACCAGAAUAGAGGUGUCGAUGUGAGAUUUCAUCACUUAGAGCAAAGCGGGAUUAACAGACACACAGAGGCUAAUGACGUUACUCAAUGUAAGCGUGAAACUGCAGAGCAGUAUUCUUCAUUGAACGUUUCCCUCAUCAAUGUGCCAACUCCAGAGGAUGAUCAACAGGAAGAAUUGGUGUGUCAGAUAUACCUAAACAAUAAAGAUGUAUCAUCUGAACUUGGUCCUCCUCAGCUCUACCCUUUCUUCCAGGAUGAUGUCUACCAAAAUCAACCAUUUCUGGAGCCUCCUAAGCUUGUUCCUAGUAUCCCCUUCCCUUCUACAAAUAAGACCUCCAGCAAUUCUCUCCUGUCUCAGUCCUUCUCCUCCAUCUGCAUUGAGUCUGCACUUGUCCCGGACACUUUCUCCCCUGCUUCUUCGGAAUUGGAUUGGGAUUCUGGCCUCCUGUCUCUGUUAGCACCACCAGUUCACCGCCAGCCUAAAGUGGAUCGUUGUGAGCUGGACUUGGAUCUGCUUCUGCAGGGUCCUUGCUCCGGAAUGCAGGACGGAAGCUAUGCGUCACGUCUGUGUUCUGUGUUGCAGCCCACUGCUCCAUCGUCACACACUGCUUUUGGCGAUCCAAAUACCAUCUAUAGACCGAUCAAGACGAUGGACAGAAGGAUAAUUCAGAGCCUGGGAGUGUAGUAGCAGGCAUGAGACCACAAAUCUACCCAUUUCUUGCUAAAAGUGAUCUGUGAGCUUAUAACAUCAACUGAUGCUAAGAUCGUUUACAUAUAAGUUCUGUUUUGCAUAAAACAGAGCUCACCGUUUUAUGCUUUUGCAGUGUAGUGAAGUCUGUACAAUGAAAGAUGGGCGUUCCUUGAGAAUCACAAGAGAUAGUACACGGAAACCAUUUUGCCAAGAGCGCAAUAAUAACCUACAUCCGAAGUGGGUUCUUGUUAAUGAAUUUUCAGAGCUGCAGCACUUGGGUCAUGUUAAACUCUCCAGGUCACAUAACAUGGCUAGGCUCACUAGAUUUAUUUUCUAGCUUCACGGCCUGCUUUGUAAGCAACCACCAAACCAAAGGUUCUUGACAGUUGAAGGUAUCUAGAGUACUCCCAUCUUGCUCUAGCUACGUUUGGCUCACGUGGUGUUGGCCAGUCAAGUGUAGUGACCUCCUCAAAGCAUUUAUAAUCAAGAGCAUUAUCAUGUUAGCUACUGCACCAUCAACGAAUAAGCUAAUCUGUAGUCAUUAUUGAGCAAUUAGUGUCAAAUAUAGAAACCAACAGUUCAGGAAUAUAUUCUCCACGUCUUCUUGAUUUUUUUGGAAAGCAUGCAGAAGCGUAUUGUUCUUGUCUUUUCAUAAGCAGAGUGCUCUCAUUGCGUAUUUAAUGAAGUGCCGCUGCAGGGGGUGCCAGGCAGUUAGAGCAAGUGCUACGUCUGGAUGAGUUCCUGCUAACACAGUUGGGGAUAAAGUGUCGCGUGAGUGCUGGACACAUAAACUCUAAUAAUACAGGCUGAAUGAACAGGUGAACUUGUCAUUUAUGUAAAUCUACUGAAGGACAGAGCGGAACAGACAUUUCAGGUGAUUGGUUAAUGAGUUGGCGUAAAGCACAGGAUGUUUUUUCCUAGAAUGUUGAGAAUCUACACAGACUCACUUUUAAAAAUCAUUUAUUGCUGUUAAUCAAAAAUCAUUUUAAUUUAUCCCCCUAAUGAGAGGUUUGUAAACACCAAAGGCAACACUAGUUUUAGUGUUUGUCAGUUUAUUCUCUCCAGGCGUGAAAGAGCAUUUGCCAAAUCUUGAGUGUUUUUGAACUUUAAAGUGAAAUGUUCAUUUUAUUACAAAGUCUAUCACACUGAAUUUCACAGUCACAUGACUAAUCAUAUACAUUGAAUUUCUUAAAAAUAAUCCAUCCUGAACAAACUGAAAAAAAUCCUUGUGUGUCAGAACACAUCCAUCAUGUUUCUGGAGUUUUAUUCAAAAUUGUAGGAGUUUUUAUUGAUUUUUUAAGAUUUUGUUCAGCUGCCAUGUCAUGCCAUGUUUUUAGGAUUUUUAGAAUUUAAACCUGUGACACAACAUGGGUUGAAUAAAAAAUUGCUUCCUAAAA